UUUUCAAGCGCCCUCACAUCAAAGAGAAAGAUCAGAAGGUCAAACAUGAGGCUGCUGACUUACGUUUCUGGCAAAUAUAGAGUUCUGGUUGUAGGUUUGAUAAACAUGGAAAUUACAGAACCAAAUUUGAAAAAAAUGCAAAUAUUUAACUGUGAAUCACAUACAUACACUCAGAUACCAAUCAAACCCAAGGGAACGAGGUGAGCACCAGGUUAAACUUUUAAAGCAAACCAAGGAUUAUAAAAGUACAAGCACAAUGGCCCUUUCUGUAAAUUGGAUAUUGGGCAUUAUGCAUAUAUCAUCAGUCCAAGUGCUCAAACUGGACGACAGCUCGUUGCAUUCGCCUCACCUAUAUUUAGUUUCCUUAACGAUGGACCUGCAUACUACAAGUAUUCAAAAACAUAUUUCAAGCAUCUCUCUGCAUGAUGUGAAAAACACGUCAUAUUUGUUAAAUGUUGCAUAAUAAUAGUAUGAGCUUGAUGAUUUGAUGGCGUCCAGAGGGGAGGGAACAUGAGGUUGUACGGGGUACUGUGUUAUAAAAUGGACGUUGUAUUCAGUGCAGGAUCAGACCGACAGGGAAUAGACUCAGUCUGCAAUCCAUCAGAGAAGAUAGCAGACCUUUUCUGAGCUCACUCAGCAGCCAACUAUCAUUAUUUCUUGAGAUAUACUUCUUAAGGAAACAUUUUUUUUUUUUUAAGUCUUAUUUGAAUACAGCUUUGCCUAGUAUCAUCACAUUCAAUGGAUAUCUUGAAAUUCCAGCUGGUAAUAGUUACCCUGUUUGCACUGGUGUAUACAUACCAAGGAUUGUCGUUUAGUGUUGACAAGGAACACUGGGUAUCAAAAGACUGGCAGGAUGAGCCACUGGAAGAGAGAUUGUCCAGCCAAGUGGCUAGUCUGAUAAAGAGAUCCAAAGUCCGUCAGUUCUACGGGCUCAUGGGCAAACGCUCAGACGAUCAGCCGCAGCCUAUUAAAGUGGAUAGAAAACGAAACAAAGGGGACAUGUUUGUUGGACUUAUGGGAAGAAGAGCACUAAGUGGGGAAUCGUUCACGAGGAUCAUUCCAGAUGCUCCAAGCACUGCGGUCGAUGUCGCUGAGGGAUCAGACACACAACCAGAUUCACAAGAGGAAUGGGACCAACUCCAAUAUUACUAAAGCUAGAAAAAAAAAAGAUUUGUUUUCA